AGGCCAUGGAUCCCUCCUCUGUUGCCUUGGUAACCCUGGGCUCCUCAAAGGAGAUGCUGUUUGAAGGAGGUCCCAGACCCUGGAUCCUCGAGCCCUCCGAGUUCUUCCGGAAUGUUACCUCGGAGGACACUGACAGCAUCAGUGUGGCUCUCUUUGGUCCUCCUGCUUCCCGGAAUUACCAGCAACACUGGAUCCUUGUGACCUGCCAGGCCUUGGGUGAACAGGUCAUCGCCCUCUCGGUGGGGAACAAGCCCAGCCUCACCAACCCCUUCCCUGCGGUGGAGCCUGCCGUGGUGAAGUUUGUCUGUGCCCUGCCGUCCAGGCUCACCCUCGCUCCUGUCUACACCAGCCCCCGGGUGGACCUGUCCUGUCCGCUGCUGCAGCAGAACAAGCAGGUGGUGAGUGUGGGCCAUGCGUGGGGAGGGAGACAAGGGUGCCGCCCACUUGGGCAGGAGGACUGUGGUGGCCUUGACCGGCAAUCUUGAGUGUGUGGUGGCUGGAGCUCUGUGCCGCACUGCCUUUAUCUCAACAGCCAGCCCUGAAAUGGGGGUGCUUUGAUUCGAGCUUUACACAUGGGGAGCCAUGACUUGGAGAGACGAGGGGACUUCCCAAAGCCACAUGUACUGUGGCAGUGCCAGGGGAGGAUAGAGUCCUCUUCCAUUCCAGGCGCACUGCCUCUCUCUGCUUGGCACUUUGUGGUUUCUAAAAAUCUCUCUCUGUCUUCUGCGCCUCUGGCAUGUUAGGGUGGGGCUCCGCCUCUAGGGACAGCGGGGCUAGGGGCUGCGGACGAGAGUGACCAGCUGCAGCAUCCCAUGGGGGUGGGGGACCCGAGGCUGUUUCAGCAGUCAGUGUUGGGAGGGGAAGAAAGUCCCUGGGGGGUCAGUCUAACAGCAGGGAUGUGAGGGGAAACUUCAGGUCUGGUCCCCUUGGGACCAGUCCAGUCCCCAAUUCCGAGGACAGUCAGAGCCCAGGGUGCUGAGCGUCUCCAGGCUCAGGGAUGUGGACACCCUGUGGGCCCACACCAGCCCCUAGCCCUUCUCAGAGGAGGGCGUGGGCUUCUUCCCCCUGUCUGAUGGGGGCUGCUGGAACACCUUCUCUGUGCCGGGCACAGUGCAGGCUUGAAACGCAGAGAAUCGGCGCAGGCGAGGAGGCCGCCUCCUGGAGCUGACGGGGAGACUGGGGGCGCUGACAGGAUGGAUCCGAGGGGCAUGUGCUUCGAGGGAGGCAGACAGGAGGAGGCUGCGCCAGGGGCCGGGCAGGGGCUCUGAGGAGGACACAUGCGAGCUCACCCCGACCCGACACCGUGCACCGACUCACAUGGUUUGUUCUUUGUGAGUCCCCAGAGCAGCCCCUUUCUCGUGGUAAAGCUCGAUGAGUAGGAACGAGGAGUGAGCAAGCCAUGGACACGCCGUGCCCGUGUCCCUCCUGCCUGCUGCCCUUGAUUCUUGCAGACUCAGCUGGCUGGAGAAGCCAAGCAGGGACGUUGCUACGGAGAGGGGGCCGGGAGUGGACGUUGCUGAGCCGGAGAGCGAGACCUCUGUGAAUUGGCUCAGGAACAGCCAGUUCGACUCCAGGCCGGCCCAACCUUCCUUUCUCCUGUGCAGAGAAAACCACAUCUGACCUCUCUGUGCCUUCCCUGUCCUUAAUGUGGGCUAUGGGCCAGGUGAGCUGCACCUGAGCUGGGACUGCUGGUUGAACCCGGCACUGUCUCUCUUGACUGAAAGCUGCUGGUCUGGCCGUGUAGCUCAGCUCUGAAUUGGCUUCCUGUGUCGUAGAUGUCACCAGGAAAUAAUGGACCUUGAACACAGAGUUGCCGUGUGACCCUUCAGUCCUUAGAUGAGCCAGCCAUUCAGGCAUGACC